AUGGAAGCGGAAAUUGUGAAUGUGAGACCUCAGCUAGGUGUCAUCCAGCGAGUGGUUCCUGCUCUACUGCCAGUCCUUUUGGUUUCUGUCGGAUAUAUUGACCCCGGAAAAUGGGUUGCAAAUAUCGAAGGAGGUGCUCGCUUUGGGUAUGACUUGGUGGCAAUAACUCUGCUUUUCAAUUUUGCCGCCAUCUUGUGCCAGUAUGUAGCCGCUCGAAUAAGUGUUGCAACUGGUAGGAACUUAGCUCAGAUCUGCAACGAAGAAUAUGACAAGUGGACGUGCAUGUUCUUAGGCGUUCAGGCGGAGUUCUCAGCAAUUCUGCUCGACCUUACCAUGGUUGUGGGUGUGGCACAUGCACUUAACCUUCUCUUUGGGGUGGACUUAUCCACUGCAGUGCUUUUGGCCGCCAUUGAUGCAUUUUUGUUUCCUGUUUUCGCCUCUUUCCUUGAAAAUGGUAUGGCAAAUACAGUAUCCAUUUGCUCAGCAGGCCUGGUUUUAAUUAUCUAUGUUUCUGGCGUCUUGCUGAGUCAGUCUGAGAUACCAUUCUCAAUGAACGGAGUGUUAACUCGGUUAAAUGGAGAGAGUGCAUUCGCACUGAUGGGUCUUCUUGGAGCAAGCAUCGUCCCUCACAAUUUUUAUAUCCAUUCUUAUUUUGCUGGGGAAAGUACAUCUUCUUCCGAUGUCGACAAGAACAGUUUGUGUCAAGACCAUUUGUUCACCAUCUUUUGUGUCUUCAACGGACUUUCACUUGUAAAUUAUGUACUGAUGAAUGCAGCAGCAAACGUGUUCCACAGUACUGGCCUUGUGGUACUGACUUUUCAGGACGCCAUGUCACUAAUGGAGCAGGUAUUUAGGAGUCCACUCAUUCCAGUGGUCUUUUUGAUGCUCUUGUUCUUCUCUAGUCAGAUUACGGCACUAGCUUGGGCUUUCGGUGGAGAGGUCGUCCUGCAUGACUUCUUGAAGAUAGAAAUACCCAGUUGGCUUCAUCGUGCUACUAUCAGAAUUCUUGCAGUUGCUCCUGCCCUUUAUUGUGUGUGGACAUCUGGUGCUGAUGGGAUAUACCAGUUACUUAUAUUCACCCAGGUCCUGGUGGCGAUGAUGCUUCCUUCCUCUGUAAUACCGCUGUUUCGCAUUGCCUCAUCGAGACAAAUCAUGGGUGUCUAUAAAAUUCCUCAGAUUGGCGAGUUCCUUGCACUUACAACAUUUUUGGGGUUUCUGGGUUUGAAUGUUGUUUUUAUUGUUGAGAUGGUGUUUGGGAACAGUGACUGGGCUGGUGGUUUGAGAUGGAAUACUGUAAUGGGCACCUCAAUUCAGUACACCACUCUGCUUGUAUCGUCUUGUGCGUCGUUAUGCCUGAUGCUCUGGCUUGCAGCUACACCACUGAAAUCUGCCAGUAAUAGAGCAGAGGCUCAAAUUUGGAACGCAGAUGUCCAAAAUACUGUAUCUUAUACAUCUGUUCAAGAAGAGGAAACUGGGAGAAUUGGCACAAGGCGGCACGAAGAAGAAUCAAUAAUGCAGGAAACUGGGAGAACUGAAACAAGGCGGCACAAAGAAGAAUCAAUAGUGCGGCUGGAAAACAGGGUAAAGGCUGAAUUUGAUAGUACGUCUGUUGCUAGCCCGGGCUAUGAUUUGCCAGAGAACAUUCUAAUGACUGAUCAAGAAAUCCGUUCGGGCCCUCUUGAGGAAAGUGAGUUGGAUGUGAAAUUCACUGCGCCUCAAGUUAGGAGUCUUGGGGAAGACUCUGAUGUAAAGGAACAGUCUUUAAAACAGUCAACGGUGGUCAAUGAGGUUAGUGACAAGGAUUUGGUUGUGGAAACAAAGAAGGGGAAGAUUGAACCGAUGAGUCUUGUGGAGAAGACUGUAAGCAUGGAAAAUAACAAGUUCAUUGAUAAGGAUGUUGAAGAAGUUUCAUGGGAAACAGAAGAAGCUACCAAAGCUGUUCCUGAAAGCAACUUUACUGUUGUAUCGGAUGGUCCACCUUCAUUCCGCAGUCUAAGUGGGAGAAGCGAGGAAGGGGGAAGUGGUACUGGAAGCCUCUCACGGUUGCAAGGUUUGGGGCGUGCUGCACGGCGACAUUUAUCUGCGAUCCUCGAUGAGUUUUGGGGACAUUUAUAUGAUUUUCAUGGGCAAUUGGUAGCUGAAGCCAGGGCAAAGAAAUUAGAUCAGUUGCUUGGCGCUGAACAAAAGUCAGCCUCUUCUGUGAAAGUGGAUUCGUUUGGAAAGGACAUGAGCAGUGGAUAUUGCAUGUCACCAACUGCGAAGGGAUUGGACUCACAGAUGAAUUCAAAUUCAUACGAUUCAUUGAAGCAGCAGAGGACACCCGGAAGUAUUGAUUCUUUGUAUGGACUACAAAGAGGUUCAUCACCAUCACCGCUGGUCAACCGUAUGCAGAUGUUGGGUGCAUAUGGUAGCACUACCAAUAAUAAUGCGUAUGAAUUGGGUGAGAGAAGAUACUCCAGCCUCCGUGCUCCAUCCUCUACAGAGGGUUGGGAACACCAACAACCAGCCACGAUUCACGGAUACCAAUUAAAGUCCUAUGUUGACAAUUUGGCAAAAGAAAGGCUUGAAGCCUUACAAUCCCGUGGAGAGAUCCCGACAUCUAGAUCUAUGGCCAUUGGUUCAUUGAGCUAUACACAGCAACUGGCUUUAGCCUUAAAACAAAAGUCCCAGAAUGGUCUAACCCCUGGACCGGCUCCUGGGUUUGAGAAUUUUGCUGGGUCUAGAAACAUAUCGCGACAAUCUGAAAGAUCUUAUUACGGUGUUCCAUCCUCUGGAAAUACCGAUAAUGUAAGUGCUGUAGUUGCCAAUGAGAAGAAAUACAGUAGCAUGCCAGAUAUAUCAGGAUUGUCUCUGUCUGCAAGGAAUAUGCAUAUGCCGAAUAACAAGAGUGGAUACUGGGAUCCGUCAACUGGAGGAGGAGGGUAUAGCUCGACUUAUGGUCGAUCAAGCAAUGAAUCGUUGUUAUAUUCUAAUUUGGGGUCACGGGUUGGAGUACCCUCAGGUUAUGAUGACAUUUCUGAGUCAAGAGGAGGAGGCUACAGAGAUGCCUAUACUUUGCCACAGAGUGCAACAACAGGGACCGGAUCACUUUGGUCUAGACAGCCUUUUGAGCAAUUUGGUGUAGCAGAUAGGAAUGGCGCUGUUGGUGAAGAGGUCAGGAAUAGAUCGAAUCCGAUAAAUAUAGACAACAACGCUUCUACUGUCGAUGCAGAGGCAAAGCUUCUUCAGUCGUUCAGGCACUGUAUAUUAAAGCUUAUUAAACUAGAAGGAUCCGAAUGGUUGUUUGGACAAAGCGAUGGAGUCGAUGAAGAACUGAUUGAUCGGGUAGCUGCAAGAGAGAAGUUUAUCUAUGAAGCUGAAGCUCGCGAAAUAAACCAAGUGGGUCACAUGGGUGAGCCUCUGAUUUCAUCAGUUCCUAACUGCGGAGAUGGUUGCGUGUGGAGAGCUGAUUUGAUAGUGAGCUUUGGAGUUUGGUGCAUUCACCGUGUCCUUGACUUGUCUCUCAUGGAGAGUCGGCCUGAGCUUUGGGGAAAGUACACAUACGUUCUCAACCGCCUUCAGGGAGUGAUAGAUCCGGCGUUCUCAAAGCCGCGGACACCGAUGACACCAUGCUUCUGCCUUCAGAUCCCCACGAGUCAGCAGAGAGCGAGUCCGCCUUCGAACGGAAUGUUACCUCCGGCAGCAAAACCGGGGAAAGGCAAAUGCACAACAGCAGUCACACUUCUUGAUCUUAUCAAAGACGUUGAAAUGGCAAUCUCUUGCAGAAAAGGCCGGACCGGUACAGCUGCAGGAGACGUAGCUUUCCCAAAAGGGAAAGAGAAUUUAGCUUCGGUAUUGAAACGGUAUAAGCGUCGGUUAUCGAAUAAACCGGGUGUUAUGAAUCAGGAUGGACCCGGUUCAAGAAAGAACGUGAAUGCGUACGGAUCAUUGGGUUGA